AUGUCAACAUUUAAGAUUAAGUUUAGGAUGAUGAUACCUUACGCCACAUGCAAAGAUCAGGAACCACCUACAGACACCAACUCAUUCGAAGAUAUGACUGGUUUAACAAUUAAUACAACCUUCUUUACAUCACGUACUGUGAAGCCUCUCACUUUCUGUUUCUAUGUUUCCGGUCAUGGAUGGGGACAUGCAACGAGAGCUAACCAAAUUAUCAUCGAUUUACUAAAACUACCAGCCAAACAUAAAGUAUAUGUUAUCUCUACCGCCAGUAGUUUUAUCUUUCAAGGCGUGAUCGAAUUAGGUGCCUUGUAUAGACGAGCUCACAUUGAUGCAGGUGUUGUCCAACCUUUACCUUACAUUGUCGAUAGAGAGCAAACCAUCGCUGACCUCAGAGCUUUUCUAAACCGUCGAACGGAGAUCAUUGAGAACGAGUUGCGUUGGCUCAAACAAGUGAAAGCUGACUGUGUUAUUUGUGAUGCGCCCUUUGUACCUUGUGUUGCUGCUCAUCAAGCCGGUAUCCCAGCUGUCAUUUCCAGUAAUUUCACCUUUGACGAAAUCUAUUAUGGCCUUAGAAAAGGCGAUGCGUUGGAUAAGGAAAUCGAAAGCAUGGUAGAGCAGGUGAUUUCCGAUUAUAGAUUUGCAGAUUUACUGGUUCGACUACCUGGAGCUAUUCGUAUUCCUUCGUUUGAUGAUGCGGUCAAUUUGGUUCCUCGCACGCCUCACAGUAAACAGUUUCCUCACAAGAAGGGCGUUGUCAACGGUAAAACCAGCUUACCUUGCAGCAGUAUAUCCAAUAUUACCAAACCCAUUCAACCUUCAUCUGAGUCACAGCAGGAUAGAGGAUUUCUUCGUCGAAUUAUUGAUGUACCACUUGUGUUCCGUGAAUAUCGUCAGUCUCGCGAGACAGUACUAGACCAAGUGGGUAUUCCUCGAGAUAUCUACAGCACGCACAAAAUUUUGCUCCUUUCUUUCGGCGGUCAACUCCUCAGUGACGAUAGCAGCAGCCAUAUCUUCAAAAACUGUCUGCCAAAAGGCUGGAUCUGUAUCGUGUGUGCUGCACCUGAUGGUAUCACUCUGCCGCCCAACUUUUACCGUGCCGCUAAAGAUGCUUAUGUUCCCGAUUUAACCAACGCUUGUGAUGUCAUUUUGGGAAAGUUGGGGUAUGGUACUUGUUCAGAAGCCAUAGGUCAUAGCAAACCUUUUGUGUAUGUGCCUCGACCACAGUUCAUUGAAGAACGAGGACUGUUGAAAUUAAUGUCAGAUCAAGGCAGUGCAGUCGAAUUGACACGAGAAGAUUUUGAACAGGGCAAUUGGGCACAUGCUAUCAUCUCGGCUUCGCAAUUAUCAGGUACCUGUCAGAAUCCUGAAUUAAGAGUAACGCAUAAUGGUGGAGAAAUAGCAGCAAAGAAUAUAGAAUCUUUUGUAUCAGAGUGGAACGAAUAUUAUGCCAAUCAUAACAGCAGUAGUAGCAAUCACCAUCAUCAUCAUCAUCAUUUAUUAUCGCCAACAUCCACUAUUUAUAAUGUCACCUCAAGAGCAGCCAGUACAGCAGCCAGUACAGCAGCUACAACAGUGACCGUAACGGCUGCAACAGUAGCUACAACAACUGCCGCUCCUCCUGCAGCAGUUGCUUCCACUCCUUUAUCACUUUAUUAA